UAUAAAAGCGACGACGAUUUCCAGAAAAGUAAAAUCAAUUCCUCUUUUCCAGUCUUUAACCUCUCCUUUACCCUAGCACCGGGAUUGCUCUCUACCCUAUUCUCUUCUCUCCGAUCUUCGGUAACUCUGGUGUCUAUCAGAACUCAGAAGGGCCAGAUACGGCCAAUCAAAAACUCAUUUUUGUAUGAAAGGCUUAGUUUGCUUGGAAAAUUGGAUUUGAGAAGUUUGGUGGGCGAAGAUGAGUUCCUUCUCACUUACCAGGAAGAAAACCCCUUUCCAGAAGCACAGGGAGGAGGAGGAAGCCAAGAAAAAGAGAGCGGAGGAUGAAACUGCUCGUUUAUACCAGGAGUUUGUGGAGUCCUUUCAAGGGGAUAAUGCGCCAGGUUCAAAGACUUUUGUUCGAGGUGGAACCAUCAAUCCCAAUGACAGAUACAAGCCUGAUUCUGAAGGUGAAAAGUCCAAAGAUGGGGUAUCUGUUCCAAAGAAGGGAAGUAGGUAUGUCCCAUCUUUUAUUCCACCUCCACUGCUAUCCAAGGGAAAAGAAUCUGAGAAGAAGAAGGAGGAGGAAAGGCCAAAGGAAAAAGAAAAGGGGAAGUCUCGAAACAUAGAUCAUUUUAUGGAGGAAUUGAAGCAUGAGCAGGAGAUGAGGGAGAGAAGAAAUCAAGAACGUGAACAUUGGCGUGAAGGGCGUCAUUGUGAAAGUUCUGCCCCUUCUAGUCGAUUCGAUGAGCUACCUGAUGACUUUGAUCCCAGUGGAAAAUUACCAGGAUCAUUUGAUGAUGGUGAUCCACAGACUACUAAUCUCUACGUUGGAAAUCUUUCGCCACAGGUUGAUGAGAAUUUCCUUCUUCGUACUUUUGGAAGAUUUGGGCCCAUUGCUAGUGUGAAAAUUAUGUGGCCCAGGACAGAAGAAGAGCGAAGACGACAGAGAAAUUGUGGUUUUGUUGCUUUUAUGAAUAGAGUUGAUGGACAGGCUGCAAAAGAUGAAAUGCAAGGAGUAGUUGUUUAUGAGUAUGAGCUGAAAAUUGGAUGGGGUAAAUCUGUUGCUCUACCAUCACAGGCACUUCCUGCUCCCCCACCCGGGCACAUGGCGAUAAGGAGUAAGGAGGGUGCCACAGUAAUCUUGUCUGGUCCAUCAGGCCCACCUGUCACGUCUGUUCCAAAUCAGAAUUCUGAAUUGGUUCUUACGCCAAAUGUUCCUGAUAUUACGGUUGUUCCUCCUGAGGAUGACCACCUCCACCAUGUGAUCGAUACGAUGGCUCUUUAUGUUUUGGAUGGAGGAUGCGCAUUUGAACAAGCUAUAAUGGAGAGGGGCCGUGGAAAUCCUCUUUUCAACUUCCUGUUUGAACUUGGAUCUAAGGAACAUACAUACUAUGUCUGGAGGCUCUAUUCUUUUGCUCAGGGUGAUACUCUUCAAAGGUGGCGAACUGAGCCAUUUAUCAUGAUAACUGGCAGUGGAAGAUGGAUACCACCACCUUUGCCAACUGCUAAAAGCCCAGAGCAUGAAAAGGAUUCUGGCACUACCUAUGCUGCAGGAAGAAGCAGGCGAGUAGAGCAGGAAAGAACUCUAACUGAUCCACAGAGGGAUGAAUUUGAGGACAUGCUGCGUGCUUUAACUUUAGAAAGGAGCCAGAUAAAAGAAGCAAUGGGUUUUGCACUGGAUAAUGCUGAUGCAGCAGGAGAGAUAGUUGAAGUAUUGACGGAAUCUUUGACACUCAAGGAAACACCUAUUCCAACUAAAGUUGCUAGGCUCAUGCUUGUUUCUGACAUUCUUCACAAUAGCAGUGCACCUGUGAAAAAUGCAUCCGCAUACCGCACCAAAUUUGAGGCAACAUUACCUGACAUCAUGGAGAGCUUUAAUGAUUUGUAUCGCAGUAUAACUGGAAGAAUCACAGCUGAGGCUCUCAAGGAACGAGUUCUAAAAGUAUUGCAAGUAUGGUCAGAUUGGUUUCUGUUUUCAGAUGCAUAUGUAAAUGGAUUACGAGCUACUUUUCUUCGAUCUGGAAACUCUGGAGUGAUCCCUUUUCAUUCCAUAUGUGGUGAUGCCCCUGAAAUAGAAAAAAAGUCUAAUUCAGAAGAUACAGGUGAUGGAAGUAAGUCAAAUCAGGAUGCUGCUUUAGCAAUGGGCAAAGGAGCAGCUACGAAGGAGUUAAUGAGUCUACCCCUUGGUGAGCUGGAAAGACGUUGCAGACACAAUGGACUCUCUCUUGUUGGUGGUAGAGAAAUGAUGGUUGCACGAUUGCUAAGUCUGGAAGAGGCAGAGAAGCAGAGGGGUUAUGACCUGGAUGAUGAUUUGAAAUUAGCACAGAGUUCUGGUAGGCAUCUAGCUGCUCGGAGAGAAAUAAGCACCGAGGCAGAGCCAGUGGGAUUAUCCGGAUGGAAUCAUUAUGGUGAGGAUGAGAUACAGCUACAGAAUAAAGAGCCUGUAACUUUGGCCACAACAACCCUUACCAUCCCACAGCCUGAACUAAAAGUGUUCACAAGGAAAGAGAAAGCUGAUCCUGUUUUGCCAGCCUCUAAGUGGGCUCGAGAGGAUGAUGAUGAAAGUGAUGAUGAACAAAAAAGAAGCAAUGCGGGUUUGGGAUUGAGCUACUCAUCUUCUGGAAGUGAGAAUGUGGGUGAUGGCGCCAAUAAGGUAGAUGAUACUGAAGUUGUGGCUGAUGCAAGCGUUCCAGCACAACCUGAUAGUGGAAUAAAUGAAGAGCAGAGACAGAAAUUGAGACGUUUGGAGGUUGCUCUGAUAGAAUAUCGAGAAUCUCUUGAAGAGCGAGGGAUCAGAAGUUCAGAGGAAAUAGAGAGGAAAGUUGCAGCCCAUCGGAAACGGCUACAAUCUGAAUAUGGCUUAUCUGAUUCCAAUGAUGAUACAGGAAGCAGGAGAAGGGACAGGCGAGAUGAUGCUCGUGAAUCUUCAAGAAAGAGACACCGCAGCCAGAGUAGAAGUGAAAGUCCUCCAAGGAAAUCAUCGAACAGAGAACGAGAGAGGGAAACUGAUUCAGACAGGGAUCGAGAAAGGCACAGGGAUAGGGAUAGAUCUAGAAGUCAAGAUUUGGAGGGUGAAAAGGGCAGGGAUCAUCGUGAAAAGAGUGGAAGCCGGGAGAGAGAUGAUCAUGACAGGGACAGAGGCAGAGAGAGGGACAGGGAUAGGAGGAGACGAGCAAAAUGAGGCUGUAGUUCUCUCUAAAUUGAUUCAAGGAUUUCUUCAAGACAUCUCUAAAUGAAAUGUUCUACGUGGGAACCAUUAUUUGAAUAUAUGGGUGGCGUGGCCUGUGGAGAAAAUCUGACCUAGAUUUUGUAUGGACGCCAAAGCAUGAGUCUCUGUCCUGUUUGAAAUUAUGUCUGGAAGAAGAUACUUCUAGUGACAUGUGAGAGGGGAUCUAAGUCAUAUCAAACUGUAUUUGUCAAAUUGUAUUUUAGUUACAGUUAAAAUUUUUUGAAUCUGCUUUUAUUUUAUCUUUUGUUUAUUGACUCAUUCAAUCCAACCUUGGGGCUAGUUUUCUUUUGAUACAAAGUGGAGAUAAAAGAGGAAUUUGAAUUAUUGAACACUACCAAA